CUCUUCCCUCGCUUUGCUUGCUCGCUUUUUGUUCUCUUCUCCCUAUCGAAUUAAGGAUCUUCCUCGGUUCCGAUCCACUGCUUUCAUAAACGUUAUCCGCUAUCUUAGCGGCCCCCUAAUGCCGGCCUCACGGAUAUAGAAUGGUGAUGUUCCUUCAAAUUGUGAUGUCGGGUUGCCCGCUUUUGGUUAGCUAUUAACCUGUUCAAUGAAGCCUGUUUGGAAUAAUAUGGAAUUCAAUUCCUUUUAGAAUUGAAAUUGAAUUUCAUGCUUUGGAAUGAUUUUUUAGUUAAGAAUUAAUAUGGAAUUCAAUUCUAAUUUCAUCAAAUAAGGCAAAAGUAAAUCACACCUCUUUAUGUGUGUGAUCCGGUGAAGAGAUUAGGGAGGAGGGCAGUAUGGACAUUUGGCAGUGGUAGGUUUUUGAGAUAAAGGCAGCACUGUUCACAGAUAAAAAGAGGGGGGGUUUUCGGGUUUUGGGAGGGGCGGCCGCCAACACAAAGGAAAGUGGGGGGGGCUUUUCUUCCUCUCCAUCUGAUGCUACUCACUGACGCCGGCACCGGCUAUCGUCGCCUCUCACCUCCUCCUCGCGACGGCCAGCAGCCGAACCUCGUGCUCUCUUCGUCCUCGUCUCUCUUUUCCACACCGGCAGCGCAUCGGAGCACAGCUGUCGCCUCAUGUAGCCAUCGUUGCUGCCUUUAGUGGCCGGAGUCGCCGCCUGCGACCACCACAGUGGCCAGCAGUCGCCUCUUCCAGCGCCAGCCGCCGUCUGCAGCGGCUGCCGCUGCCUCUUUCCGCGUUUACCACUAUACAGCGGCCGUUGUCUCCUGUCCCAGCCUCUACCGCCUCUUCCGGUAGUCCUACAGCCGACUCCGGCGUCCCGACAGUCGGCUCCGAUGGUUGUACAUUUGUUAUCUCCACUGCUUUUGUCGUAGAUCCGGCCCUCAGCGGUGUUUCUGUGCAUCCGUUGUGUUUUCCGGCUAUCGAGCCGUGAUUCUUUGCUAUUUGUAUUACUGCUAUGAUGAUACAUCCAUCCGGCAGAGCCGUGACGACUCGAUCUGUAUCCGACCAGCUCACCCAUCCAUCCGAGGGCGCCCCCCUGGGCCAGGGUACGUUCUCGUACCUUCUUUGCAUUUAUUUCAAUAUUCUAUUAUUAUCCGGAUAUUUAUGCAUUUGUGGGAUUCGCCUCGAGCACCGAGGUACCAGAGACCGGGGGAACCCGGUCGCUGGAUACAGGUACAGUUGACCGGAGGAGGACUUCCGACGAUCUGGUCAACGAAGCGGACAGCUCACCACCGGGUCAUGAGGAUGCGGUCCACAUUCCAGCCAUGUCACACCCCGGCAGGCCUUUCCGCCGCCUCGCCGCCGACCGCCGCUUCCGCCUGCUGCAAUCUCAACGCCACCUCGCCGCCUCCGGCGUCUUCAUCGUCGCUCCCUUCGACCAGCAAUUGGACUUCUUCCCACUAGACAACGCAGCGGGCUUGCCACCGUCCUCGAUCGCGUACCUCAAGGAAGUCGGCGAAGCCGCCUUCCUCCUCGCUUCCUCUCGCGGCCUCCUCUUCUACCGUUACUACGGCGGCGCUAACUUCUUGGUCGUGAACCCCGCCUGCAACGAAAGGAGGAUGCUCCCUGCCCCGCUGGAAGAAUGCUCCUCGCUGCCGCUGUACAAUGGCUUGGCCGUGAAGUUCCUCGACGUCGACGACGACCACCUCAAGUGCAAAUAUCAACUCGUGUACCUACUGCCCAUAAGUUCGACAGUAUCGUCCACCCUGUACCAGCUCUGCCUCUACGACUCGGCCGCCGGAGCCUGGAUCGUGGACGACCGGCAGGUCGACUUGGGAUCGCCCUCCCUAAAUCUGAAAAAUCUAGUGUUGUUUGAGGGCUCCGUCUUCGUCUCCUCCAGCUCUGCAUCUCGCGUCGCCGCCAUCGACACCUCCACGAGGCUCGUCAACUUCUUGCCGGCGCCCGACUCCGUCUCGCAGGGGGACGAGAUCAACGUGGCGGUUUGGGAGGAGGCGGGAAAUAGACCGUGGUUGUGCCUGGUGCAUUACGAUAGACGCUCCUGCAAAUUUACAUUGUGGAGGUGGUCAGAGGGAUCGAUAUGGGUUAAGUUCAAUGAGGUGGUAGUCGAUCGCCGGCGACAUGCAAAAGCAAUAAAGUAUUUCAUCCUUCAGGACGGUGGAGCGAUGAACGGAAUGCUUCUCAUUUUCGACGGCCACAGUAGUUCAUUCGCUUACUCCUUCAAGUGGCAACAGUUUACCAAGUUGAGUACGAAGAUGAGAGAAUCCUACAGCAGAUUCAUAACCUACACAAAUUCUCUUCGGCCAUGCUAAAUGCUAAUGCUAAAUUGAUUAGGAUGCUAAUGCUAAUGCACCACUAGCA